AUGACAUUUUCGGUCUUGCGUCCCAUGCACAUCAAGGCUCUUCAGUCGUUUGCAAAUCAAGCCAGGCUGAUUUCUCGCCCUUUGCUACGCAGUAAAGCAUCAUCAACGAAGGACUAUACGGUCAUCGAUCACACGUUUGAUGCAGUUGUUGUCGGCGCAGGGGGCGCAGGCCUCCGUGCUGCAUUCGGUCUGGCCAACGAAGGCUUCAAAACCGCGUGCAUAACCAAACUUUUCCCGACGCGUUCGCACACGGUGGCCGCCCAGGGUGGAAUAAAUGCUGCCCUGGGGAACAUGGAACCAGACGACUGGCGUUAUCAUAUGUACGACACCGUUAAGGGGUCCGAUUGGCUUGGUGAUCAAGAUGCGAUUCACUAUAUGUGUGAACAGGCUCCACAUGCUGUGAUUGAGCUGGAAAAUUAUGGAAUGCCAUUCAGUCGUCUAGAGAACGGGAAGAUAUAUCAACGUGCUUUUGGCGGUCAGAGUAUAGAUUACGGCAGAGGUGGUCAAGCGCAUCGCUGUUGUGCUGUCGCUGAUCGGACCGGUCACUCGCUCCUGCACACGCUUUAUGGGCGAUCGUUACGUUAUGAUACAAACUACUUCAUAGAGUAUUUUGCACUUGAUCUUCUAAUGGAGAAUGGUGCUUGCCGGGGUGUGAUUGCUAUAUGCCUUGAGGAUGGUACCCUUCAUCGAUUCCGUGCAAAGAAUACUGUCUUGGCUACAGGGUAUUUUAGCUUGUUGAAGAUUAAAACUUUUAUAAAUGUAGUGGCUAUGGCCGAGCAUACUUUUCUUGCACAUCUGCUCAUACAUGCACCGGUGAUGGCACUGCGAUGGCUACACGGGCUGGUGUGCCCAAUGAGGAUAUGGAAUUCGUUCAGUUUCACCCAACAGGUAACUUGGAAUCUUCCUCAAUUUUUAGGUAUUUAUGGUGCCGGGUGCUUGAUUACUGAAGGAUGUCGCGGUGAAGGAGGCUAUCUAAUUAAUAGCGAAGGUGAGCGGUUUAUGGAACGCUAUGCACCCAAUGCGAAGGACUUGGCCUCCCGCGACGUUGUGUCAAGGUCAAUGACGAUUGAAAUCCGAGAAGGCCGUGGUGUUGGUCCUAGGAAAGAUCAUAUCUUCCUCCAGUUGUCACACUUGCCGGCGGAACAACUUCAUGCUCGUCUUCCGGGUAUCUCAGAAACUGCCAAGAUCUUCGCAGGGGUUGAUGUUACUCGCGACCCCAUCCCUGUGUUACCAACUGUUCACUAUAAUAUGGGCGGCAUACCAACUAACUACAAGGGUCAGGUGAUCACAUAUGACGCUGCGACAAAGAAGGACAAAGUUGUCCCCGGACUGUAUGCUGCCGGUGAAGCUGCUUGUGCAUCGGUUCAUGGCGCGAAUCGUCUUGGUGCCAACUCUCUGCUCGAUCUGGUUGUCUUCGGCAGAUCUUGUGCGCUUGACAUCGCUUCUAAGCAUCGUCCGGGCGAUCCGGGUCCUGAGCUAAAAGCUGACUCCGGAGAGGCCUCCAUCGCAAACUUGGACAAACUCCGACACGCCAAUGGAUCUCACUCUGUCGCAGAGGUCCGUCUUGAAAUGCAGCGUACAAUGCAGGAGUAUGCUGCUGUGUUCCGCGAUGGACCAACCCUUCAAGAAGGAUGCAAACGAAUGUACGACCUGUAUGCUUCGAGAAUGGGUGAUUUGAAGGUGUCUGACCGUAGUCUGAUAUGGAACUCCGAUCUGAUAGAGGGUCUGGAACUACAGAACCUCAUGCUAAAUGCCCUUCAGACAAUAGUCAGCGCUGAGGCUCGCAAGGAAUCGCGCGGUGCGCACGCACGUGAAGACUUUGUCAAACGUAUCGAUGAGUUCGACUACUCGAAACCUCUAGAAGGGCAGACGGCUAAGCCAAUGAGUGAUCAUUGGCGAAAACACACUUUGUCUUAUCAAGAUGUAAAUACUGGGAAAGUCACAUUGGAAUACAGACCCGUGAUUGAUGCCACACUGGAUGCGAAAGAAUGCCCAACUGUCCCGCCGAAAAUUCGGUCUUAUUAGGUCAGUUUGUCAACAACUUUGACUGUUUCUAAUACACUUCUCAUCGUGGUCUUACUCAUUUGCUCCUUCUCGAUCCCAACCAGAUAGUGUCAGGAGCAUCGAAUCGGUCCUCGAAAUUUUCUGCGCUUUCGUUUUCCCGGUUUACGUCAUCUUUAGGCUGGUUCUUCACCUUCAGCACUACUAAUAAAUUCAUAUUUAC